GCCAAACAGCAGAUUAUAGCAGACAUCGCAGGUUUUCUGUAAGACGUACUCGUCCCGCUGUUUUGUGCAGUUUAUUUAUUGUUUAUUUAUAACAACAUAAAAUGGAAAUUUCCAUUGCCGGUGUUUCGUGGACUUCUUUGGGUCCACACUGAUUAUUUCGAGUGAUUGAAUUGCUUGAAAAUGUCUCUAACGUUUGCACAACGCGGACAAAGACCACCGCCAACACCUCAGCAAAUUCAGAAAAUGCUUGAUGAAAAUGGUCAUUUAAUUCAAACCAUUCAGGAUUAUCAAAGCAAAGGGAAAGCUCAAGAAUGUAUGCAGUACCAACAGGUUCUGCAUAGAAAUCUUGUCUAUCUGGCAAGUCUAGCCGAUUCAUCACAAAAUAUGCAUGCAUUGUUACCGAUGUUACAGCCUCCACAGGGUGCUCCUCCAGCACAUGGACAACCACCAGGCCAACCGACUCCAGAACAACAACAAAUGAAUAACUAUAAUCAUCAACAGCAACCUGGUUACAGGCAACCUCCUGUUCCUCAACGACCUGGAGCACCUCCUCAACCUUAUCCUCAAAGAGCUUAUCAUCAAGGACAAUACGCUGGACAGUAUCCCCCGCAAGCACAAUAUCCCCAGCAAGGUCAAUAUCCUCCUCCAAAUCAACCUGGCUAUCCACCAAACAGUCAAGCUCCAUAUCCAAGUUCAACAACGAGCCACAAUAAUUAUCCUCAACCAGGUUACGGUACUCCUCCACCCACUGGAGCACCACCACAACCUUAUCCUCCAACAGGGGCUCCACCACAAAACCCACCAAGUAAUUAUAAUCCACCACCUCCUAAUGCAGCUCCUUAUGCAAAUGCUGCAGCUCCCCAAUCUUAUCCACCCCAACAACCGUAUCCACCACAACCUUACCCACCACCACCAGCAAGCCAACCCAAUGCUCCAGCUCCUUACGCUAACCAGUCGAGUCCAAAUCCUUCUACAUAUGCGCCAGCAAACGCACAAUCUCCUCCAUUUUCAGCGCCUCCAAGUAAUACUCAGAGUCCAGCUACAACUUCAGCUCCACCAUCUACCCCGCAGCAGCAACCGUAUCAACCGCCAUACCCACCUAAUUCUCAACCGUCGAAUCCAAAUUUUACUCCACCACCAAAUCAGGGUUAUCCUCCGCAACCACCUCCAGGUGGUAAUUAUGGUUAUCCUCCUCAGCCUGGUUAUCCACCUCAACCACAAUAUCCUGCUCAACCUCAAGGUUAUCAAUACCCUCGACCUCCUGGUGGUCAAGGACCGCCUCCACAGCAAGGCCAAUACGGAGCAUACAAUUAUCCUCCACAGCCAAAUCCUUAAUCUAAUUUUCUCUAUUCUUAAUAUAUAUAUUCUCUUUUAUGUAAAUUUUCUUUAUCUUAUAUAUAUUUAUAGGGCAAU